AUGAUCUGGCUUGUUGAGUUCCAUUCCUGGCGGCUGGAAGGUCUGGUUUUGCGCAACCUGGAGUUGGGCUUGUUCUACAUAACAGCCUUCGCUGUUAUUGGAAUACUAGGGCUUGUGCUCGCCGGAUGGGGUUCCGGCAACAAGUACGGGGUGCUUGGUGGACUAAGGUCGGCGGCACAGCUAAUCAGCUACGAGAUCCCCGUGAUUAUGGUCAUAGUGGCCGUAGGAAUGCUGGCCCAAUCCCUUGACCUGCGCGUAAUAGUAGCCAGCCAGCAGCAAAUUCCCUACGGUUUGAUUCUCCCCCUGGGCAUGGUGGUUUUCUUUAUAGCCGGAUUGGCUGAGGUUGGCCGAACGCCGUUUGAUAUCUAUCACGCUGAGUCUGAGGUAGUGGGUGGUCCUUUUGUCGAAUACAGCGGUGCCCACUGGUCUGUGUUCUUCCUGGCAGAGUACAUUAAUACCUUUGCGAUCGCUGCUUUGGUGACCUUGCUUUUCUUGGGAGGCUGGAACUGGCCCUGGGACGCUGCGGCCUUGAGUUGGCUGCCAUCUUUGCCCGACGUGGCAUGGUUGGCGCCAUUGCUCAGUGUGGUCUGGUUCUUGGUAAAAGUGUACGCCGUAAUAUUGGUAGUAUUCUGGAUAAGGGGCACAUUCCCGAGGCUUCGCAUUGACCAGUUGAUGUCCUUCGCCUGGAAGGCAAUGGUGCCUCUGUCGUUCUAUACGAUAGUAAUUACGGCCUUUUACUUGUACUAUGAUUGGCCUGGCUGGACCCUGACCCUGAUGUCUGUGGCCGGGCUGGUGUUGGUGGGCUAUAUCGUUUAUCGUAGAAUGAUGGCCCCCGUACGCAGAAUUGCUGAAAUCAAGGCGCGGCAGGCGCGCAGCUUGCGGAGCGCCGGGCUACCCGCCAGGCAGGUUAACCAGAGCGCGGAGUGUGAACGAUGUUAA